UUAAAGCAGUCACAUCAAAUAAUGGCUGAAAGGAAGCUGCGAAGGAGAAAGGCCAAGCCACUGGAGGAGGCCAUCCAGUUUUCACUUCUGGGGAAGGACAGAAAUGGGCUUGAGUGCAAAUUUAUCAAUGAUAUUAAAGGCAGAGGUGUGUUCAGCUGUACUGAGUUUGAAAAAGGGAAUUUCCUGCUGGAAUACAGAGGUGAACUUAUAAGCAAAGAACAAUUUGAGCAGAGGCAAAGAAUUUACCAUGAUGCACUUAAGGUUUUCAUGUUCGAGUUUCGCUACAAUGGAAAACGCCUCUGUGUUGAUGCGGGCCGGGAUGACGGCUCUCUUGGGCGAUUUGUAAACGAUGACCAUAUUAACCCAAAUAGCAAGAUGAAGACGAUCUGUGUGGAUGGAAUACCUCACUUAUGCUUAUUUGCAUUAAGGAGAAUCAGUCCUGGUGAAGAGAUCACCUAUGAUUACGGAGAUGCUGAGUGUCCAUGGCGAAACACGGUAUGAAAACCAAUGCAGAGUUCAUUCUUACUAUUAGAUUUUAGAUUAAAAUUAUUAAAGGUCAUUUGUUAUACAAGAUGCGGUUAGUGACCUUUUUGCUUUACAUGUGCGUUCAUUCCAGUAUUAUAGA